AUGAAGUUUAUGACGGCAAAUGAGGUUCGCUCGACGUUCAUCGACUUCUUCCGCGAAAAGAAGGAGCACGUUUACGUGCACUCGUCCUCCGUCAUCCCGCACGACGAUCCGACCCUUCUCUUCGCAAAUGCUGGAAUGAAUCAGUUCAAGCCACUCUUCCUGGGCGUCGCCGAUCCAGCAUCCGAACUUGGCAAACUGAAGAGAGCCGUGAACACACAGAAGUGCAUUCGUGCAGGAGGAAAGCACAACGAUUUGGACGACGUGGGAAAAGAUGUCUACCAUCACACUUUCUUCGAAAUGCUCGGCAAUUGGUCCUUCGGCGACUACUUUAAGAAGGAAGUCAUCACGUGGGCUUGGGAAUUGUUGACGGGCGUGUACGGGAUCCCGGGCGAACGCCUCUACGUGUCGUACUUCGGUGGGAAUAAAGAUGCUGGCAUUGCUGCUGAUGAAGAAGCAAAAUCAAUUUGGAUGAGCCUUGGUGUACCGGAGGAACGCAUCUUGCCAUUCGGCAUGAAAGAUAACUUCUGGGAAAUGGGCGAUGUGGGACCAUGUGGGCCAUGUUCGGAGAUUCAUUUUGACAGAGUUGGUGGCCGUGAUGCAUCGCAUUUGGUGAACGCCGACGAUCCGAUGGUUGUCGAGAUCUGGAAUCUUGUCUUUAUCCAAUACAACAGAGAAGAAGGUGGCUCCUUGCGACAAUUGCCAUCAAAACACAUCGAUUGUGGAUUGGGAUUAGAGCGGUUGAUUGCCGUCAUGCAGCAAAAGACCAGCAACUAUGACACGGAUGUUUUCACGCCGAUCUUUGACGCAAUUCAAAAGGGAACUGGUGCUCGUCCAUACUCCGGUCUUUUGGGCGAAGAGGACAAAGAUGGAGUCGACAUGGCCUACCGAGUUAUUGCUGACCACAUCAGAACGCUGACAAUAGCUUUAUCGGAUGGUGGACGACCGGAUAACACGGGACGAGGAUAUGUUCUGCGUCGAAUUCUUCGCCGUGGUGUUCGCUACGCAAACGAGAAGCUCAAAGCCGCCCCCGGAUUCUUCGCAUCGUUGGUACCAGUCGUUGUGGAGCUCUUGGGCGAAACUUUCCCUGAAUUGACGCGAGAUCCUGACGCCGUCAAGGAUAUCAUCAACGACGAGGAAACUCAAUUCUUGAAGACUCUUUCGAGGGGCCGUGUUCUCUUCCAGAAAGCCGUCACUGCACUUCCGACUGAACAGAAAACUUUCCCUGGUGACGUUGCCUGGAGACUUUACGACACGUAUGGCUUCCCUGUUGAUCUCACGCAAUUGAUGGCUGAAGAGAAAGGGCUGAAAGUCGAUCAAGAAGCAUUCGAGGAGCAUCGAAAGAAAGCAAUUGAGAUUUCCGCUGGAGGUGUUGGGAAAUUCCGGGACACGCUUGAUCUCGAUGUGCACGCCAUUGCCGAACUCAACUCAAAGGGAGUCCCAAAAACUGACGAUACACCAAAGUAUGCCUACCGAGACGAUGAAAAGACUGAUUUGACGGUGAAAUAUACGUUCGAUAAGUGUACUGGCAAAGUGUUGGCUAUUCGAAAAGACGGCGGGUUCGUGGAUCGAUUGACGUCAGGAGAUGAAGGAGCAAUCAUUUUGGACAAAACUUGCUUCUACGCUGAGCAAGGCGGCCAAAUCUACGACACUGGAGUACUGACAAAGAGUGAUGGCUCGGAAUUCUCGGUGACAAAUUGCCAAGUUCGAGGCGGAUACGUGGUCCUCGUCGGCAAUGUCGAGGGAGAUAUCACGAUUGGAGACGAGCUCCUGCAACAAAUUGAUGAAGAACGUCGCGACUUGAUCAUGAAGAAUCACACUGGAACUCAUGUCCUCAACUUUGCCCUGCAGAAAACACUCAACGAUGUCGAUCAAAAGGGAUCACUCGUCGCGCCAGACAGGAUGCGAUUCGAUUUUACGGCCAAACAAGCGAUGACGACAAAACAGGUUCGUGCUGCUGAAGAGCUCGCUCAAUCAGUGAUCGACAAACGCUCGCCGGUCUACGCUCAAAAUGCCUCGCUUGCCCAGGCUCAACAAGUCAACGGGUUGAGAGCCGUUUUUGGAGAGGCUUACCCUGAUCCGGUUCGAGUGGUUGCUGUGGCGGUUUCAGUCGACGAGCUUCUCAAUGAUCCAACCGGCGACAAGGGAACAAGCACACCCGUCGAAUUCUGCGGUGGAACACAUCUUCAUAACGUUGGUCACAUUGGACGCAUUGUCAUCUCAUCGGAGGAAGCUAUUUCGAAGGGAGUUCGCAGAGUUGUUGCCUUGACGGGCCCCGAAGCUGAGCGAGCCAUUCAUCGCGCAGAACGCUUGGAAUCGCGAGUGGAAGCGCUUGGGAAACACGUCGAUUCGGUGGGACCACAACUCUACUUGAACCGAAAGGAUUAUCGCGAUGCUGGAAAACAAACGAAUGGGCUGAUCGACGAAAUGAACGCAAUGCAACUACCCUAUUGGCGCAAGGAUCUCAUCCGUGAGCAAAUCAAGAAUGUACAAAAGACUUUGGACAAAUAUCAGAAGGAUGUGCAAAAAGCGGUCGAAGAGAAGGUGCUCACCGAGGCAAAAGAACUGUCGACAACAAACUCCUCGGAUGUCCUCGUGCACAUCUUCCCACAAGGAGCCAACUCAAAAGCACUCGACGGGGCGAUCAAAUUGUUGAAGGAAACCAAAGCAGUGAUGGCCUUCUCAGUCAGCGAUGAUAACGACAAAGUCACCGUGCUUGCCAAAGUUGAUAAGAGCCUCGUUGACAAGGGAUUGAAAGCCUCGGAUUGGGUGGGCGCCGUGAGUCAACUACUUGGUGGAAAAGGCGGCGGAAAAGAUGCAAAUGCUCAGGCCACAUGCGAUUCAGCUGAGAAGAUUGACGACGCCGUGACGCUUGCCCGGGAAUUCGCCACCACAAAGAUCGCC